AUGGAUGAAUUGACUGAUGAGUUGGACCAGAGCUUCCAGAACGAGGGAGGUGCCAUCGACGAUCUGAUGGACUUCCAAGAACAUGAGUCCCCUCCUCUCCCACCCACAAUCACCCCUCCCCCGCCACCUACCAGUCCUGCCCCGUCUAUACGAUCUUCGAGGAAUGUUGAAACGGAUUCAUCGGUGGACAAUCCAACUCAACGAGCAAUGGUGGGAAGAUCAGCAUCGCCAUUAUCAAACUCACUGCCGCCUGCGACUACGGAAGGACGUGGUUCGGUACCAUCUGUCCAAAAUACGACGGCGAAUGAUAUUGGUUUGGUGGACAUGCCUGGGGACGAUCCGGCGACAUCUCAAAAUUCUGUGCAAAUUAUCGCUACCCCUGUCCGCCAUUCGAGAUCACCCGAGGCACCUGAAUCUCACGGUGUGCGUAAUGAAGAUGAUGAGACGAUGCGUCCAAGCGACCUAGAGGCCGACAGAUCAGAGAGGGAGAUCACUCCGCUUCAGAAGAUUGAGAAUGAUGAGAUCCAUCGUGAAAGUCUGCGAACCGGCGGCGUGGCGGGAACACGGGACGACUCUGAGCCUCAGUCAAAGCGGCGGAAGAGGGGGGAUGCUCAGAAAGAACGGGAAAGAUUAGGGGAAGGGAACCGAGGGAGAGCAGAACAGGGGAAGUUAGGCGAAGUUAGUCGAAAGCAUCCUUCCAACUCUGACCUGUCUUUGUCCUCGUCUAUCUCUUCUCGUCAAACUCGGGCCUCUACUGUGGCCAUUCUCCCCGACGUCGAUCCCGAACUUCUCAUGCGUCAAACGAAAAGAAUGAGAAUUACUUCCCAAGCGCCAGUUCCCUCUCAACCUCCAUUGGUUGACGCUUCUCGAAGGGCUCUCGACACCAUUAAGGAUCGAUAUCAAUCCGGCCCUUCUCGCGACCAACAAUCGUCUCUUCUCGAUGACGAGGUCAUCGAGCAAUAUAUCGACUUCGAAGCGGGGGCAGGGCCAUCUACCACUGGUGAGAACCCAUCUCCCGCGAAAUCUGUCGAGUCCGAACACGGUACCAUCGUUGAAAAUCAAAAUUCUCCUGGUAAUAAGUCCCCUGUGCCACCUUCUGAUUCCGAAGGGCUUGUCGAGGUUCCCCAUGAACUCGAAACCAUUUUUCACGCCCCUCGCAAGGUUCCGGUCAAUGAUGAACUUGCUAAGGCUCUGGAUGCUCGAAAAGACUCGGAAAUUGGUGAGAUUUCUACAGAAUUCUCUACCCUCUGGGCCCGCCUUUCUUUCUCCUCUGUUCGUCACGCUCUGAAGGAUGAAGCCCUCGAUCGCUUUCGCGAGACUGGGGCCAUCAAGCCCACUGUCAAGUGGUUUGGUAACGCCCUUGAUCGCUUGGCCCAAGGUUGGCGACUUCGUAACAAGAAUGGCGCUGUUGUCCGUCUCGAGGGUGAGCUUUGCUCCGAUUGCCAGCGUCGUCUCGAUGGUGGAGAAGAUUUUCGUGUCGGUUGUAUCGGUCCUCGGAACUUCAAAGUGUUCGGUGAAAACCAACAAUCCCGAGUCCAAAUUUCGCGAGGUAUCUAUCUUCUUCCUUCGAACUUGGUCGAUGUUGAUGUAAAGGGUAUUACUGUCGGAGCCCAGACUGUUACUUCCAAGGUUACCUUCGUCCUGGAGCACGAACUCUGUGCUGCCUCGGCCCGAUAUCGAUCCCUUUCCUCCCAGGAUCAAUCCUCUUCUCUCACCCAACUCUCCGCUUACAUCCACCUCUUUUCCUCUCUCCUUCUUCCUCUUCCCCCAGUACAUCUGGGCCUCUACAAAUCUCUUCAUCUCAUUCCUUCCAACUACGCCCCUCCCUCUCCUUCUGAAACCUUGGAUCAUCUCACCUCUGCUGCUGAUCCAACCGGAUUGACUUCUUCUCAACCAGUCGCCGGUCCCUCCUCUUCUCCCCAUACUCCUCUCCCCCGCAAUGUCAUUCGUAUUCCCGCCUCGGUCCGUCGUCCCCGAGCCAAUUCUACCACCUCCAACUUCUAG